AUGGCUGUCCGUUAUGUGAGCUAUCAAGAGGAAGGGAAAAUACACUCUCAACAUCAAAGAUCCCCUAAGAUGAACAAUAAUAGUAGGAGUACUUUGGAAACUGAGUGCAAUGAUGAAAUUCAGAGUGUAAGUCCAUGUAAAGAAGAGAAGAAAAAUGUCAAGGAGUCCAGGUCUUUUUCCCUGCCAUUAAUCACAGAGGAAGAAGUUUUCACUGGGAGGCAUGCAAAAAGCACAUCUGAACCAGAAUUCGAGAGACCAGUGAAGAUAUCUCCACCAGUAAAAUCUGAUGUUCCUUCUUCAUGUGCAUGGCAGAUUGAUGUUGACUGUUUUAAAUCAAAGAAAAGAAAAAAGCCACCUCAAAAGUAUCUAAGGAGCAAAGACAAUACUGUAGAGUCUGAGUACAAUGACGGCAGCCACAGAAAAUUGCAGCAACAUCUGGCUACCAUGGAAAUUGCCACUCAGGAAAUGAUGGAGAGAAGAAAAGUCUUGGAUCUCAGAAGAUGGUAAUUGAUACAGUCAAAGCUUCACUAACAACCACGUCUCUACAAUGGCCAUCUCUCUAUAACGACCACCUUUUUUGGCAGACCAUCCAUAUACUGACUCUUGUUUAAGCCUCUCUCAAAUGGCCAUCCCUCUACAACGGCCACUUUUUUGGUGGACAGUCCUUACACUGACUCUUGUUUAAACUUCUCUACAACGGCCACUUUCUUCUGUCCUCAAGGUGGCAGUUGUCGAGAGGUUCAACUGUACAACUGUAUGUUAUAAAACAGUUAAGACUCUUGAUAAACAUUAACCUGCACAGCUAGCAGGAUCAUUAGCAGCACAAGCAAAGUUUUGGCAGAGGAAUGGUGAAGCCAUGUGGAGAAUGGGGAGGUGUUGCUUUGAAUUUUCUUGUGCCUACCUUCUUGAUACCUUCCUGAGAAUGGCAGCUUUACCGCCAAAACUCUUACACCUGCAAAAACAACUCUCCUAGCUAAGCGGGCUAGAUGAACACCAUUCUCCAUCCAUUAAAUCUUUAGUUGAUACUAAAUGUGUCUGUGCCUCUAACCCUCUAAGCCCAAACAGUUUUUGAUCAGCAUCAAAUUUCUCCUUGUAGUAUAAAUGCUUUAUGAAAAAGAGUAUUCUGGAAAAGUAAGGACAUGGUCACACAAGAUGAAUACAGGACAGUGUGAUUAUCUACAUCAUACUUUCAAUACCUCAAUGCGCAUAUCCUUAUAUUUUCUGGGUGUUCAUAAGGCAUUGAAGAUCGGAGAAUUCCCUGUUUACUAAGCAGAAUUCUCUAGCUAACUGUCAAUAGCCUAUGACUAUUUUUCACUCAGAUGUGGAGCCUAUUUGAAAAUAUUACACCUUUCUCCCUCUACUAAUAUUCUUAAUGAAAACUCUAACAUUGAAACCUCAAUAUAACAAAGGGCCAAGGGACUGGAAAAAAUUUUUGCUCUAAGAAGGUUGUUUCCAAUGUUGCAUAAAAUCAGAGUUUAUGUCAAUAAAACAGAAACUAAUUAUUCAGAACAAAUAUGUUACCAAAACAGAGAAAGAGGUUAUUUUCAUUAAGGCAAUUGGGAAGCGAUUUAGUGGCUGUUGCCAUUGAGGAGAGGUGUCUGGUGUUUUAACGUGGAAGUAUGACUUUACACUGGAAGAUUCUUAACUGUUUUCCUCCUUAACAAAUAUAUAUUUAUAUUACAUUUAAAAUUUUUAGAAUUUAGCUUCACAUUUUUUAACCCUAGAAUAACAUUGUAUUUCUCAACAGGUAUUGUAUAAGCCGACCCCAAUAUAAAAAGUCCUGUGGGAUUUCGUCUCUUGUAUCCUGUUGGAAUUUCCUGUUUAGCUCACUUGGUGCUGGCAGGUAAAACAUUCUGAUAAAGAAUGAGUACUUUCGCAAUGACUCAUGUAAGAACAGAUCUGCAUUAAAUUAAUUAAUUUAAUGCAGAUCUGUUGAAAUUUCUAAUUUUUCAGCAAAAAGCCACUGACUCAAGAAGAGGCAUUAACAAUAUUGGGAUUUAAGCCCCCAUUUGGAGAAAUAAGAUUUGGACCAUUCACAGGAAAUGCUACUCUUAUGAGGUGGGUAGAGACCUACUGUGAUUGUGAUUCAGCAUCCCAUCCAAAAGACAAAAGAUAGCCUGUGAAUGCAGCUGUCUCUUCUCGCUCUUUGCCGCUAGGCACUUUUCAGAGGAGAGACAUCUACAUCUGCACCUCAAUGACAGAAAUUCCAUACUGAUGACUUAAAAUCUGUCCAGAAUCUCAUCAGAUCUAAUUGGUCGACUUUAAUAUUUGUUUUACUACUGAUUACAAAUGAAAAAACACAAAAGGCCACAAGAUUAAAUGACUAUUCCAAAAAUUUCCGGUUCCCUUAUUCUGACCCUACCUAAUUCUCAUUGUGUACUACAAGAAUCAUGUAGCGCAAGACGCAAUUCAUGUCACACGAGAAACAAGGCGCACCUAUUGAUCUCGUAACUUACUCUUGAGCAGUACUGUAUCUAGUAAAUGUUAUGUGUAUGUUGAUUGCAGAUGGUUUAGACAGCUAAACAAUCACUUUGGAGUGCGGGGUGAAGCUUACUACCUCUACAAACCUAAAGGAAAGAGUUGCACCAUUGGUCUCAGUGGAGAGGAAGCCUUGCAUCGGCUGAAAAAUGGACUGCAUGACCCUCAGAUGGCCUUUAUCUAUCACAGUUACAAUCAUUACUUUUGUCCCAUUGGCUAUGAUGACUCACCCAGCAAGGCUGUAGAUGCUUACAGGUGGGUAUUAACCCUAGCUUUAUUAAAAACCCAAGAGUGACCAACAUCAGUUUUCUCCUUAUAAAAUCAAUACAUCAUCAAGUGAACUGAUAAUGAGAAUUAAUAAUAUGAUCAGUGACCAAAGAUGAAAAUACUGAAUUGAUUUAAAAUCAAAUUCUCUCAACUAAUCCUUGAAGGAACGGUAUGAAGAUUAGUCUGGAGAAGUUGUCUGUGGGAAAUUUGGCCAACAUACAGAUUUUCCUUAGUUACUUACCCUUUAGAAUUUCUAUGGUUGCUAAUAAAUUGGUGCAGGUUGUGUAGUGAUGUCAUGUCCUACGAGAUGUAUGCCAUGAAUAAUUCAUUUUGGGGAUUUUUAUGCAUUAGGGAUGCAUGCGCAAGACUCAGAGGUAACAAAAUCACUUCGAAUCUCAAAGAAACCCCUUCUGUUUAACUAUUCAGGUCACAGUUGUACGAAGAUGAAGUGGAAACAUGGAUUCUGAUUGGAGACACCAGCUGCAAACAUCCUAGCAUUCACUGCAAGAGGUACUGAGCCCCAAGUGUCUUUUGAUCCACUGAUAAAUUCUCCUUAUGUUUACUUGUGAACAAAGGGAGAAUUUGUCAUGAGAUCAAGAGUCACUUGGAGCUAUAUUGUCAACCGCAUUGUUUCCUAAUAAUUUAACAGGCAAGGCAUGGCUUAACCUAAUAUCUUUUCUGACCUAAAUUUAGUAAUAGUUUAACACCCCAUUUCUUACCUCAAUAAUUAACACCCUACAAGAUUUUCUAGUUCAAUACAUCCAAAGUGUUAACUGAUUUUAUAGCCAAAAAUGUAGUAAAGAUAAAUAACAAUUACACCCCCCUAGCUAGAGUUAUACGUAAGUAGGUGGAAUAUGAUCAUUUGUGCAGGUGUAGUCCUAAGUAGUUAAAUAGUGUAUUAAUUUUAUCUUCCUUGUGAAAGGCACUGAAAAUGACUACCGCGUAGGUUGUCAAAACAGCACUACACAGGACUACAUUCAAUUGGACGAUAUUACACCUCUAGAAGGGAAUAAUUUUCUGAAUUUCCCAGGUGGAGUGACAUUGACACAGACCUGAACAACGAGUCCCCCUUCUACCUUAACAUUCGUCAACUUCAUGAAGGAAUUAAACAAAGGAACACUAAAAAGACAGGUGGGAAUCUGCACUGUAUCAUGGCUUUUCAGAAAAGUACAUUCCAGGGCUUUAAAAAAUUGAAAGUUCCAAGUCAACGAAUACAACAAAUGGAGGAAGAGGAAAAUCUCAGUAAUAGCAGUGUGGAGGAGGAGAAUAGUCAAAGUGACUCCAGUGAUGAAUAG